AUAAGUGACCGGACAAAAACUUUAAUCCCGGGGGACAAAAAAACGAUUUGCCUGUAAAGCGAUUGGCGAUGGCAGCUCCUGCGGUGGAGGCAACCGCCGCAACUGCGUUACGGUCUGUCAUUCGAAGGGCUCGAAAGGCGGCGGAGCAUGUAGGAAGAGACCCGGAGCGGGUAAGGGUCGUUGCUGUCUCCAAGACUAAACCCGUCUCUCUUAUCCGCCAAAUCUACGACGCUGGUCACCGUUGCUUCGGCGAGAAUUACGUUCAAGAAUUCAUCGACAAAGCUCCACAGCUCCCCGAAGAUAUAGAGUGGCAUUUCGUGGGACAUUUACAGAGCAACAAAGCCAAAACGCUACUGGCUAAAGUCCCAAACUUGGCAAUGGUUGAAGGUGUAGAUGGCGAAAAGGUAGCAAAUCAUCUAGAUCGAGCAGUUUCAAGUCUUGGGAGACAUCCACUAAAGGUUUUGGUCCAAGUGAACACAAGCGGAGAAGCUUGUGAGUAUAUUACCACCGAGUUCUCGUCCCGUAAAUUGAUUUCUUUCUCCGGCUUCAUCCAAUGGCUAUCUGUUUGUUUGUUCCUGAAAACUGAUGCAGCUAAAUCUGGAAUCGAACCUUCUAGUGUUGUAGAGCUAGCAAGACAUGUGAAAAUGCACUGUCCGAAUCUUGUAUUCUCCGGAUUAAUGACUAUUGGAAUGCCUGACUAUACGUCUACUCCACAGAACUUCAGAACACUUACAAACUGUAGAGCUGAUGUCUGCAAGGCACUUGGAAUGUCUGAGGAUCAAUUUGAACUGUCUAUGGGCAUGUCAGGUGACUUCGAGCAAGCGAUUGAGAUGGGAAGCACCAAUGUGAGGGUUGGUUCCACCAUUUUCGGACCAAGAGAUUACCCCAAAAAACCAACUUAGCUACUGUUGCUCAAAUCACUUAUUUGCGAUAGAAAUUCAGAGUUAUAUAUGAAAUAAUUGAGAUCUUUGGAAUAUGGUGAAAAAAAAGGAAAAAGAUUGAAACAAUCAAACAAAGUAACAAACGGCAGUGGAAGGCGGGCGUCGAAUGGUAGAGAUAAUGGACCACUGAAUUAUGUGGUUCAAGAGCAAUAUCCCAUUCCUUAGAUUCCGAAUCUUGUACUCUGGUUUUCCCUUGUUUCUUUUUCUUUUGCUCAUUUGUAAUAUUGUGUGACAUAAAAAAACAAAAGCCCUCCAAAAAGCUAUGGUCAAAAACUAU